AUGUCCACCUUAUCAGGAACAGCAUCCACUCUUCUGUUACCUCGUGGAACAUUGGCUUAUUGUAAUAGAAAUAUAAAUCAAAACCUGGAAGAGGAAACAGGAAUUGAUCAACUCACUUCAGAUGAAAUAUUUCGUCCAGAAAUUGAAAGUGAAAGAUUAGUAAUCAAUGUAAGCGGUCUACGUUUUGAAACUCAAGCACAAACAGUCAAUCAAUUUCCUGAUACCUUACUAGGUAAUCCCAAUAAACGUAAUCACUAUUAUGAUCCGUUAAGAAAUGAAUAUUUUUUCGACAGAAAUCGAUCAAGUUUUGACGGUAUACUUUAUUUUUAUCAAAGCGGUGGACGACUUCGACGACCUGUUAAUGUACCAAUAGAUGUAUUCAAUGAAGAAAUAAAAUUCUAUGAAUUAGGUGACGAAGCAUUGGCCAAAUAUCGUGAGGAAGAAGGAUUUAUUAAAGAGGAACCAAAAAUUCUACCAAGAAAUCGUUUUCAACGCAAAGUCUGGCUUUUAUUUGAAUACCCAGAAAGUUCGUUAGCUGCACGUAUAUUGGCUAUUGGUUCAGUAUUUGUUAUUCUCUUAUCAAUUAUAAUUUUUUGUUUGGAAACUCUACCACAUUUUCGUCGAUAUAAAAUAAUGAAUAACCAUAAUUCUACUUUAUGUUAUGAAGAAUUAACUUUUGAAGAAGAUGAUUUACCAACAAUUGACCAACCAUUUUUUAUCAUUGAAACAUUUUGCAUAGUAUGGUUCAGUUGUGAACUACUAGUACGUUUUGCUUCAUCUCCGAAAAAAUUUGAAUUUUUCAAAGUGCUAAUGAAUGUUAUUGAUGUGGUUUCAAUUAUACCAUAUUUCAUAACUCUUGGCGCUGUAAUUAUCGAUGAUCCUAAACAACUUAAUCAGACAACAUCAUUAGCUGUACUAAGAGUUAUUCGGCUUGUUCGCGUUUUCCGUAUAUUCAAAUUAUCAAGACAUUCAAAAGGACUACAAAUUUUAGGACAAACACUAAGAGCAAGCGUCCGAGAAUUAGGAUUACUAGUAUUCUUCUUACUUAUUUGUGUUAUUCUCUUUUCAUCAGCUGUAUAUUUUGCUGAAGCUGAUGCUGACACUUCAUUAUUUCGUAGUAUACCUGAUGGAUUUUGGUGGGCUGUUGUAACAAUGACAACAGUUGGUUAUGGAGACAUGCGACCGGUAACUGUAUGGGGUAAAUUAAUUGGUUCAUUAUGUGCUAUCGCUGGUGUACUAACUAUUGCACUUCCUGUUCCUGUGAUUGUAUCAAAUUUCAAUUAUUUCUAUCAUCGUGAAACAGAAUCAGAUGAUAUAUCACACUCUAUUUCUUCAUCAUUAGAAACAGAUGAUGAUGUUGACAAUAAAGAACAACAUACAAAUACAAAAGUUCGUAGUAUUACUUAUAAUAUCAAUAGUAGUGGUAGUAGUAGAUCCAUAAAGACAAUUUCACAUAACGAGAGUAGUGUUAACAGUCAAUAUGAUACAACAAUAACCAGUGCCUUGAAACAAAAUUCUAUUACAUUAAAAAAGUAAUCACAUACUCUCGGUUUUCUUCUCAUAACAUUCUAACUGUUUUUCAUCAAUUCAUGAAUCUACGAUAGUCAAUUUCGUUUAAUCAAUAUUAUGCUCAACUACAAAAAAACUAACAGAGAACAGUUGAAUAUUUUAUUCAACAUACAGUAUACAUUUACAUAUUUUGUCAAGGUAGUGAACUGUGAAUUAAUUGAAUUAAGUUCUACAAUAUAUUUUUGUAUAUAAAGUUCAUGUUAGCCACAGAUAACAAUUUCAGCUAGUGUUUUUUCUAACUGAAUUUUAUUGUUCUCUCUGUUUAUAACUGAUGUCUACCUAAUUUCCCAAUGACGUUUAGGAAAAUCAUGCUAUAUUAUAUACAUAUAUGUAAUAACUCAACUUCUAUUACCUGAUCGUAUACACAAAACAUAUACAACAAAUCAACCAAGUUAUAUGCCAAUCACUGUAUAAACGCUGGUUUUCAUCAAUAACCUUUAGAAGGCUUAAAUGAAACAAACUAUUUUCAUAGAAUCUUUAUUCAUGUAGAUUUUUUUCUCUUCUUCAGUUUUUAUUUUCUCACUAUUUAUAUGCCAUCAAAGAAAAAUGAUAAAGCAAACAUAGAUUUCUUCAGAAGCAGGUAAAUCAUAUAUAUUUUUUUGAAAACCAAGCAACUUCAUUAUUAACUCAUUCAGUUGUAGAGUUAAUAAACAAAACAAUAUUAAAUAAUAAAUUGUUCAUUGAAAAUAUGGUACUUUAUUUGAUGAUCAAGAUCUUAUGUAGUAAUGGUGGACUUCAGUAUAAUUAUAAUAAUCAUUAUCUAUUUGUUUAUUUGAUUCAUUAUGAUGUACAUGUGUCAAAUAUUUUGACAAUUUGGAUCUUUCAUGUAAAACAAUGAAAAAUAAAUGAUUUUAAAUAUG